AUGAAACCUUCUCAAAGCUAUAAGUCUAAGACAUUUAGCAGUCCUAGCAACAUGAUUGAAAGCUUUAACAGUUCUAUGAAAAGCCCUUAAUCUGGUUAAAUCUAAACAAAAAGAAAAGAAUAAGUAACAGAUAGUAGUUAUGGACAUAUAAGCUCUAUAAGAACAUAGCUUAGUCUUGAGAAAAAAAAAGUUCAAGAUUUAAACAAAGUUGUGAUUGACUACUAAAAUCUCAAACAAAAUUCAGAAACAAAAUUAAAUGCAAGUCUAGAUGACUUGAGGUAAUACAAAGAUGAGUUUUUAAAAAGCUAAAAAGAAAUAAAAAAUUACUAAUAUAAGUUAGAAUACUUGGAGAAAGAAAAAGCUAGACUUGAAAAUCAAAAUAAACAGCUUAAGGCUUACAUUACUAAGCUUGAGCAAGCUCUUAAGACUGCUCAAUAAACAAGAAGAUCAUCAAAUAGUCCUUUUAAUCGUACUUAGAACAGUGUUUCUAAUAUUAACUAAACAUUCAGUCAUGAAAAUUUUAAUUCAAAUAACACAAAUAACAAUCCUCCUCAAAAUAUGAGCUACCAAAAUCUGAAUGUUUCAAAUAUUUCUCAAUCAAACAAUGCCACGAAUCCAUAAUUAAGUCAAUAUAUCAAAAAACUUGAGGCAGAUGUGAAGAACUAUUAAUAAGAAAUUAAGAUUUUAACUAGUGCCUUAGAAAUUAAUAGCCCAAAAGUUAGUAUAAAAAGAGGAUUAGACUAAUCAAUAGAGCAGUAGCAUGAGAAAAGUUUGAUAAAUUUAACUAAAGAAUUAGCAGAAUGCAAAGAAAUAAUUUAAUAAAAUGAGGAUGUGGAAAGUGGAUUGAGAGAAAAGAUUUAAAAUCUGAAUUAAGAAUUAGAAAAGGCAAUUAUUUAAAUUGAAGAAUAACGAAUUAUUAAAGAAAAUGAUAACGAAGAAAUAUUCAAGCUAGAAAACGACAAUAAAAAGCUGUAACAACAAAUAAAAGAUCUUCAGUAAUCUAAUCAAGUCCUCUAAAAUUAAUUAAAUUAAAGUAUAAGCUAAACAACAUCUUUAUAGCAGCAUUAACAAUAGUAACAAUAGCAAUUACUUUAACAACAGCUAUUAUUAGCAACCGACCGUCUUAAUACACCAAAGCAAUCUUAGGUAGAAUAAAAAUUGCAAUAAUCAUUUUAGUAGCACUAAUCUCUCUCAUAGUAAUCAAAUGAUCACAGAUAGCACAACACGAGUAGCUAGCACAACUAAAGCCACUCAAGUUACGAUAAGCAUGAGGCUUACGAUAUAAUACACAAAUAAAAAGAAACUAUAAGAGAACUUACUGAAGAAAUUAGCUAAAUAAAAGCCCAACUUACAGAAUAAAAUCUGAAUGCUUAUUCUGAAUCAUAAAAAUGGAAUAAAUAGGUAGAAGAAUUAAAAAAUACUAUCAAAGUAAAAGAGGAAGGAUACUAGGACCUAAACUAAAAGAUUAACUAAUUAUAUUAUGAAAUAGAUCAGCUAAAGCAAAAAAUAGAGAAAUCAAAAGAAAAGAAAAAUAAAUAUAAAUAAGAGAUAAACAUACUCAAGUCUGAUUAAAAAUAGUUAGAAAGCUUAAACUAGAAAUUAAAUAAUAAAUUAAAAUAAGUUAUAGAAGAAAGCUCGAACUUCAAAGAUUAAAUAUUUAAUGCUUUGAAACUUAAUAGUAAGAAUUAUUAAGUUCCAAGAUCAGUAGAUGCUGUUUUAGAAGAAAUAUUGUACAUUAGAUAAGAAAAUAAGUAAAUGAAAUAGGCUCUAGAUGAAUCUGUUAAUAAGUAUGCUUAGUAAGUUAUGUUAAACAAAGACCUUAAAAUUGAAAUUAAGUAAAGGGAGUAGUAAAUAGAAAGGUAAGCAGAGUCUAAGACACUAGUUUAAUCUACUUUAGCUUAACAAAUAUAUAACCUUCGUUGCUAAAAUACAGAUCUUAAUGAAAUAAAUUCAACCAUAAGGAGGGAAUGUACUAUGUUUAUGGAAUCUUUAAAAGAAUAAAAAACUAAAAAGCCAAAAAGAAGCAAAUCUUUAAAGAAAUCAAAGAGCACAAAAUCUUUGAAAAGUUGA